ACGUUCAUCUCUCUCAACCUCAAGUGCCAAAGUAGACGCCAUUCACAUCUCCAAAGAGUUUAAUGGAAAUCUCUCUCUCUAUUUUCAUGCAAAUCUCUCUCUCUUGUUAAGAGUUGCAAUAUCAAUUUUUGGGCUGUGUGACAAAGGAAUAUCCGUUUAGCUGGUGCAGUUUAUUUGGGUGAAGUUUUUUGGCCGGCCUAGUGAUGGCCUCCAAGAAAAUAAUUGCUAUAUGUCAAUCUGGAGGGGAGUUUGUUACCAACAAUGAAGAUGGAUCUUUGACAUAUGUUGGCGGGGAGGCAUAUGCACUAGACCUCGAUAACCAGACACUUCUGAAUGAUUUUAAGCAAGAAGUAGCGGAAAACUUUGAGUGUGGCACUGAUGGAAUGACCAUCAAGUAUUUUCUCCCUGGGAAUAAGAAGACACUCAUCACAAUAUCUAAAGAUAAGGACCUCAAGCGUAUGAUCAACUUCUUCAAGGAUUCUGAACAAGUAGAGGUGUUUAUAAUUGCAGAAGAAGGUGUUGCUCUAAGUACUCCGAAUGUGACUGCCAGUAGGUCAAGCAGGACCAACGUAUCCGAGCCUGAACAUACUCCUGUUAUACCCAUGGAUAUGAUCCAUCCUGAUGAUCUGUUUCAAGCACCUGUUGAAAUUAGCCCCCCAGGUGUUUAUCCGAGUAGCAAUGAUGAGAAGCAUCGCAAAGCAGCUAUGCAGUGGGAGAAUGCCAUUACUGGCGUGGGCCAAAGAUUUAACAGCUUUUCUGAAUUCCGUGAAGCUCUGCAUAAGUACUCUAUUGCCCAUGGAUUCACUUAUAAAUACAAGAAAAAUGAAAGUCGCAGAGUAACUGCUAAAUGCAAGUCAGAAGGUUGUGCUUGGUCAAUAUAUGCAUCAAAGUUGCCUACCACCGAGCUAAUAUGUAUUAAGACGAUGAACCCGAAGCAUACAUGUGAUGGAGCUGCAGUAAAAGCUGGGUACCGGUCCACAAGGGGAUGGAUGGGAAAUAUAAUAAAGGAAAAGUUGAAGGUUGCUCCCAAUUACAAACCUAAGGAUAUUGCAAAUGAUAUUGAACGUGAAUAUGGCAUUCAGUUGAACUACUCUCAGGCAAGACGUGCAAAAGAGAAGGCAAGGGAGCAGCUUCAAGGUUCUUACAGAGAGGCAUACAGUCAGUUACCUUUACUAUGUGAGAAAAUUAAAGAAACUAAUCCAGGUAGUGUUGCUAUAGUUUACGCAAAGGAUGACUCGAGCUUCCAUCGUUUAUUUAUCUCGUUUCAUGCCUCAAUAGCUGGUUUUCGACAAGGUUGUCGUCCUCUUCUGUUCCUUGACAGCACUCUUCUCUAUGCAAAAUAUCAAGGAACACUAUUGGCCGCCGUAGGUGUGGAUGGGAAUGAUGGUGUCUUUCCUUUAGCCUUUGCAGUUGUAGACGAGGAGACGAAUGACAACUGGCAUUGGUUUCUUUCGGAACUUAAAUCUACUGUCCUGACUUGUCCAAUAACAUUUGUUUGUGAUUUCCAAAGGGGCAUAAGAGAGUCAUUGCAUGAGAUAUUUAAUGAAGAGUGUCACCAUGGUUAUUGCCUGCGCUAUCUUGCAGAAAAAUUGAAUAAUGAUUUGCAAGGACAGUUUUCUCACGAAGCUAGACGUCUUAUGAUCCAAGAUUUAUAUACUGCUGCUUGUGCCCCAACACUUGAGAGUUUUGAACGUUGUGCUGAGAAUAUAAGAGCAAUCUCACCUGAUGCAUACGAUUGGGUCACUCGAAGUGAGCCCGAUCAUUGGGCGAAUGCCCUUUUUGGUGGGGCAAGGUAUGGCCACUUGACAUCAAACUUUGGACAGCCUUUUUAUGAUUGGGUGAUGGAGGUGAAUGAGCUGCCGAUAACUCAAAUGGUUGAUGUAUUACGAGGGAAGAUAAUGGAAUUGAUCUAUACUAGGCGUGUUGAGUCCAGUCAGUGGGCUACGAGAUUGACACCGUUGAUGGAAGAAAAACUUCAGGGUGAAACCUCAAAAGCAGGGUCACUUCAUGUGUUACCCUCGCAUGGAAGUACAUUUGAAGUUCGUGGUGAGUCUGUUGACGUAGUUGAUAUUGAUCAAUGGGAUUGUAGUUGCAAAGGUUGGCAAUUGAAUGGAAUGCCUUGCUGCCAUGCUAUUGCUGUUUUUGAAUGCAUAGGAAGGAGUCCAUAUGAUUAUUGUUCCAGAUACUUCACAACCGAGAGUUACCAUGUAACAUACGUUGAAUCAAUUAACCCCAUUCCUAAUCUGGAAAAUCCAGCAAGCGCCGAAGUUGAUGCGGCAGUUAUUAUUACUCCCCCGCCAAGCAAACGUCCACCUGGCCGACCUAAGAUGAAAAAGGUCGAUGCUUUUGACAUUGUUAAACGGCAGAUGCAGUGUAGCAAGUGUAAGGGCCUAGGUCACAAUAAGAAGACAUGUGGGAAGGUAAAUAAGUUUGAGGAAUCGGAUCCUCUACUCCUCACUGGCUUGGAAACUGAAGACCUCGAAGGCGCAGAGUGAUGUUUGGUACCUUGUCUGUUCGAGUUUUAAGUUAAAUCUUUUAGUUAGAUUUUGAGUCCAAUUAUAGAAACAUCUGUCAUCCUCUUCUAGUAGUUGGCUUCAUUUCGGUUUUAUUGUUGUCCCUCUCCCUUGAACUGGAAAUAAAAUUGUAGAAAAGCAUUACAUAAAAGGGUAGAGAGGAUAUAACAGUAGUGUCAAAAGUGAAUGCAUUUGAUAUUGUCAAUUGUCCCAUUGUCAAAGAGUAUACUUUGUUAAUGAAAAAGAAAAGGCUUUAUACAGAAUUUCGAUUGGAGCUA